AUGAUCGCUAAAGGAACUUUCACCGAUUUCAGCUGGAAGCAGGCUCUCCUGGCAACGCUCUUGAUGAGCACCGCUGUCUCGGCCAACUACCUCAACAGCAGAGCCCCGGCAGAUGGGGGCCUAGUCCAGAGACUACCAUCUCAAUAUGAUCAGAAUGUCGACAAGAGACAUGUUGUGGACAAAAUAGUGUCCUAUCCCCUGCGCCUCUCGCUGUGGAUUCUGCAAGCAACACAACCGCCCGUCCACGAGCAGCCGCGGCAGCCAACGGAACUGCAGCCUCUCCACGAGCUGCUCCGGCCGCCAACCCGCGUUCUGCAGCAAACGGAACGGCAACUCCAGCGGUCGCGGCCGCCGUCGCUGCUGCUGCUGCUCCCCCAGCAGCCCCUGCGAAUGGCACAGCUCCUGCUAUUGCCGCUGUGGCGGCGGCGACAAAUGGGAGUACGACUGCCUCAACUGGAGGCUCAAGCAACAAUGCGACAUUAA